AUGUUUCCUCUCGCUCCUCCUAUUUUUCCUCUCCUUAUCAAUUUCUUCUCUUCCUUCUUCUCAUUUAUUCUCUCCUCCUACUUAGUCGUUCUUCUCUUUAUACUUCUCCCUUUUUUUGCUCGUCUUUCUUUUUCUCUUUUCUUUCAUCCUCUCCUGCAUCCCCACACCGCAUCUUUUACUUAUCUCGCUUUCACUCAUUACUCUUCUCUUCAUCAUCUUUUUUGUCUUUCAUUUGAUCACAUUUUCUCUUUCUCCCAUCCUUUUAAUUUUGUAAUAUUCUCUUCUCCUCACUUUCCCACUUAUGCUAUCUCUAUCCUUUCUAACUCUACGCCUCUUCUCCUUCCUUUCUUCUCUGCAAAACCGAUUUCAAUGCCUUCUCUUUGUUCCGACCUUUUCCUACACUUUCUCUCCAGUGAUGACUCGACGCCCUACCUUCCUCUCCUCUUCUUUUCCUUUUCUUCAAUGCUAGCUUUUUUCCUGCUUCGUUUCUCUUUCUGUCUUCAUUUUCUUCAUUUCUCUUUUAUCUCCUACAAUCUACGCCAAUAUUUUUCCACUACCAACCCACGUCCCUUUUUCCUUAUACUUUCCGCCCCCUCCUUUUUUUUUUGUUACUCUUUUAAAUCUCGAUAUUUCUCCUCUUUGUUGUGUCUUUCUAUCGACCUCAUACCAAUCUAUUUCAGUUUAAUCUAUCUAUCUAUCUAUCUAUCUAUCUAUCUAUCUAUCUAUCACUUAUUUCUUUACUUUUUCUUAUCAGUACCUACCUCUCUUUUCCCCUCACUUUCUGUUCUGUUCCCUCUUCUAAUAUAUGUUAUCUUUGAUCUUUCUUUCAUUAUUUCUCACUCUCAGUAUCUGUCAUACAACUUCUUUCAAUCUUCCUUUUUUUCAUUUAUUUAUUACCAUCCUCUCUUGUGUCUCUAUACGUUUUCUUUUUUGUAUGUCUUGCUUUCUGUUACUUUCCUCUCUUUUUUCCGCCCACCUCUCUCUCAUUUACUUUUUCUUUGUAUUUCGUUUUCCUUUUUCUCCUCUUGCUCUCUUUCUUCCCUCUUAUACUAUCCGCACUUACUCUCUCUCUCUAGUCUUUUCUCCCUUUCUCUUUCUAUUCACCCUCAACAACUCACGCACGUUUAUGUGAGUGAGCACCGUUUCCCCCUCGGUGCUGCCACCAUCACCACUAUAUUUCACUUUACUUCAUCUGUCAAUUUUAUUUCGCUCUCUUUUUUCAAUUUCAUUUUCCCAUUUGUAUUUAAUUUCUUUAUAUCCACUUUUUUCUCUGAGCAAUUUCUUCUCUUGUUUUCUAUGUCGUUUUGCUUCUUCACCGCCACCCGCGCCAUUAUAAUUCUUUUUCUUUUCUCCCCGGUCUGUAAUCUACAGCGAAUGUCACUUUUCUCCUCCCCUUCUUCCACUCUCCUUUCCUAUUUACCCUUUCUUCUAUUUCUUUUUACACAGUUAUUCUUCUAUUCUCUGACUUUUCACUCUUUUUAUCCUUUUCUGAUUGGUCUCCUCUCUGUCCUUCAAUUCAGUUUUCUUCUUAUGAUUGGCUUUUAUUCUCUUCUCAUGCUAAUUUCCUAUUUCUAUAUUUUCUCUCUUCCUUUUUUUCCCAACCUUUUUCCUCAAACCUUCUUGUCUUUCUUCCAAUCCAUUUCUGUCUUUUUCUUUUCUUCCUUUCUCAUUUGUUGCAUUACGUCUUUCUUUCCCUUUUCUUUAAUUAGCAGUGCCAUUUCUUUCUUUCUUACUCAAGCAAGUUCCUUUUCUUAUACCCUUCUCUUCCUGCUUUUGAAUGGUGUCUCUUCUUCUCUUAUCGCUUACCUUUUCCUCCUCUUCUUUUACACUCUUUACGCCUCUCCUCUCUGGUUCUAUUAUUUUUUUUCUCUCUUAACAUUUCUCCACCCCCUUCUAUCUGCUUUCUUUUGA